CGGCCUGUUCCUCCUGGGCAUUCUAGGUCAGACCACAGAAGUAGGGCAGGAAACCAAGGAGAAGACUUCAUGGCAGCUGAGCUGGAACAAAGAAUGAGCAGAAGCCGUCACUUCUCAGGGUGCUGCAGGAGACAGGAAGGCACCUCAGUCCUGGCGGGCUUGGACCACAGUCUCGGACCACGAGGUCCUGGCCCACGUCUGCCGGAGAGGACCACGGCCAGCGGCCAGCCCUCACUCCAGAGCGUGCAGGUCUUUGCUGGCGCUCAGGAUCAUCCCACGGGGGCCGGACGACCUCACGCUGCAGAUGCCUCGACCCUUCCUGAGUCCUGCGCCCCAUUCACGGGCCUCUGGUGCUCGGUCUGCGUCACCAGCUGCUUCUCCUGCCGGGUGCUGUCCCCCUCUGCGGCCUCCGUGCUGGGCCCCUGGGAUCCGCCCUCGCUCCUUCCCUCCUCCCACUCAUCCCCUGCUGCCCCGCCCCACCUCAGGGCCGACAGAGCCCGUGUGCGGACGAAGCCCACAUUUUACUGCACGCAGACCUCUUCGCAGGCCCGUCUGUGACACCCCAUGUCCAGCCCGCUCCGCCCGCAGCCCUCACCAUCACGGUCCAGAGCCCAGGCGCAGACCCAGAGCCCUCAGAGGCGGCAGCGCAGUCACCUCUGGAGCUGUCUGCUCACCCUGCUCCCACCCCUGCGCCUAGAGCUCCCAGAACGCCGGCCAUGGGGCCGCCAGGGUGCGCAGACCUCUCGCCCUGCUGCUGUGACCCCACCGACGACCCCUCCCCACCGACUCAGCGGUCACCUCCUGAGGCCCCGCCCCGCCGCCCCGCCCGGCCUGCGACCCCGCCUCUCCAGCCCGGUCCUUGCGCCGUCAGUUUCCCCCCUUUUAAUGGAACAGGACCCGGUUGCUGGCAUGGACGUCAGGAGCAUGUGCGCGGACGGCAGAGGAGCCCGAGUCUGCUUCACAGGAAGCGGCCGCUCUGCAGCAGCAGGAGCAGAGAAGCUGCACACAGCACCCUGGCUCUCCCACACUCCCCAGCCAGGCGAGGCCGACAGCCGCAGGCAGUGCCAGAGCUGCCGUGGGGUUUGCCCACACCGCAUUGGCUCUGCGUGCUGCCACUCGCCCUGCGCUGCUGAACUCAGGGAAGCGCCCGGAAAGCAGAGCAAGGCAGCCUGUGAGGGCCUGGGCCCAGCUGCUAGAGGCGGCGAGGGCUGACUGGGCCACUGAGUGAAAGUGCGCUCCCAAGGAAGUCUGCGGGAACUCCGAGGCGCCAGAGGACACAGGUGUAAAUGGUGGAGAAGCCGACAGAGAGGAGCAGAGCCCGGGCUCUGGACGGGGCCCAGCCCCUCCGCACGGCUUCCCUCAGCCUGCACCUCAGGGUGGCGGGACUGUCUGCCCCGUCUGCAUCUGUUCAGGGGAGGGCGCUGGGAUCGGCAGCCACAGCGGGAGACGGCAGGCCGGCCGGAGCACAGGAUCCUUGUGUGUUGGCAGAAGAGACCUCGGGCAAAGCCUGAGCUGUGAAGCACGGGGCACGGUUUGGUUCUCGUACUACAGUGUUUUGGGGAAAAAUGGAGGACGUUCCAAAGAACUUAUAGAGAACAAAAGCGGGGAGAGGCGAGGGCGGAGGGUUAGGAGGAGCGGGUGGUCCCUGAGAAGGGGCCUGAGCCGGCCUGUGGGCUGCUGCGGGGGAGGGCGACGGCUCCAGGCUCCGGAAGCGGGUCACCGGCAGAGGCCCGCUUUCUUCCCUUCUCCGAGUGCUGUGCAGGCGACCCACGGCAGGGCUCCCUGUGUGCCAAACGUGGGUUUCAAAGGCAACGUAAGUGAUGGUUGGGAAUCCACAGAUAACUGUCUUUUAAAGCCAUAAAUCUGGAUUUCAUGCCUCCUAGUUUUCAACAACUUCGAGAGGCACGCCAAGGCUCGAGCCGGGGCUCUUCCUGUACUGGCCUGAGGCUGGCGGCCCGGCCUGGUCCACGCUGGCCACAGCACCUAGGACUUUUCCAUGUCACGUGACCCCGGGCUGCCUGAUUGCCUUUAACUCUCUUUUUUCAGAAAAAAGUAUGUAUAAAGUAUAUAUGGAAGCUACAUGUGGAAGUAUAGAAAGUAUAAAGUGUGUAAAGUAUAAAUGGGAAGUACGUAUGGAAAUCACUCCUUAGUUUUAUCAAAUCUUUUAUCUGAUCCUUUAAAAAUUAACUGGUGGAUGGCAAGAAAUCUGCACUGCUUACAUAAAAUGACUAGAGCCGGUCCACAGCAUCAUGGAGACUUGGGAGUUCUAAGCACAAGUCCGGGAAGCUCUGCACCCAACCGCCCCUCAGGCCUAGGGACCCGUUCCCAUGCAGCGGGAUGCUGGGGCCUCUCCAGGAACCAGCUUUGUCAGGACACUGGGGGAGCAGGUGGCCGAGGCCCCCAGUGAGGGUCCUGGGACGCUCAGGCUGAGAAGGGACAGCCACGCCAUCAAACUUGACUGCUCCUCCGGGCACCCCAAAGUUUCAACUGACACCAGGGGCUGUGAGGGGCGACCUGGCUCCACACUACGAUGGCCAGGGUGCAUUCGCCUGACCUGGCUAGCUGGGUGGGUGUGCCCUUCCUCCCUCCCCUGCCAAGCUGCGUCCUCGGGGGAGAGGACAACCACCCCCAUAGAGGAGGAUCAAAGAGGAUCAGGAACCUGGGCCCCGAUGCCAGGAACGCUGAGAAUUGAAGGAGCUGUGGUCAGAGGGGCAGGGUUAGAAAUUCUUCCUAAGUGGCUCCAGUAAGAAAGAGGGGUGGAGCUAAGAGUCAGAACAGCUCAGAAGGCGGGGCCGUCCGUGCGUAGGCCUUUAAGAGUUUGAACAGUCAUGCGCUUCUGUAACUAAGGACUUUGUCAAGUGGGCAUUACUGCUGUGGCCCACCGACCCACAUAGAAUAAAACAGGGUCCCUGUCUUUAAAAGGUUGAAAGGGGAGAACAAACCAUCCACAAGGUCCUGAGUUAGCUCCCUGGCACCAAAACAAAACAGUUCAUCUGAAGCAUUCUCGGCCCUCACACAAGAGAUGAGUUUCCUUUCUCAUGAACUCAGUUCCACCCUUCCCACGGUAGCGUUCUUUCUGGGUUACCUUGGGCUGCACCUGCUUCUCCUCGCCUGCUCCUCUGCAGGUACUGCUAACACCUGGCACAGCCCCGCGGCCACCAGCAGGUGAGACGUGGCAGGUGAGAUCCUGUUAGGGUUUAGAUGUAAAAUGUCCCCAACCAGCCUCGUGUUCAGAGGUAGGGCUUCAGAAGGUGACUGGAUGGUGAGGCACAGUACUCACUGGCAGCUUAGUCCAUGGACGAGCUCACGGCUGAAUGUCCUGUGGUCGGGGAGGACCCGGCUGGAAGAGGCGGGUUCCCAGGCUGUGCCUCCAUCUCUGGCACCUGUUUCCUGGCUGCCAUGAGGUGAGCAGCUUGCCUUUGCCGUGCCCUUCCACUAUGAUGCUUCUCUCUUGGGCCAUGGACUGAAUCCCCUGAACCACAAGCCAAAUUACACUUCUUGUAGUUUAAGUUACAGUGCUGGGUAUUUGUCUCAGCAGUGGUAAAGUGACUUCUAUAGCUCUUGUGUCACACUGAUUGCUCAGCCCCAGUCAUGGGUGUAGGCGGGCCCUGAGUUGCUUCCACCCCUUGGCAUGGAGGUCAGGUUCUGCCUUUCUUUCCUGGCUCGCUUUCCUUCCAGUUCUUCUGGAGAUGCUGGAGUCCUUCUCUGGGGGAGCAUUCCCCUAGAUGUGGCCACUCCUCAACUCAGGGGGCUGAACAAGACCAGGACUCUAAAUGGAUGGUCUGACCACUCUGAACCCUGCCUCCUCUUGGCUUGGCUUCCUAUGUUUGCCCGCUGGUUUUCUGUUUGGCCCCCACACUUUCUGGAAUGUGCCCUCCUCUCUCCUGUAGCCAGGCAGUGCUGCUCCCUGUGGAGGGCGAGGCGGGAAGAGAGGUGCUUCCUCCUGUCCUCGACAAUCACUGCUUCAGGCUGCAGGACCGAGGGAAGCUCCUCUAGGGCAGGCAUCUCACCGUGACACAAAAUGACCAGCACCACUUAUAGGGCAGGCUAUUUAUUUAUAUUCAUUUAGUUUUUGGUGCUGAGGAUGGAACCCUGGCCCUGGAGCAUGCUAGGCAAGUACUCACUGAGCUACACCCCCAGCCCUAGACCAGAUUUUCUAAAAAUGAAGCUUUUAUUCAAAGUUAUAGUUUGGUUUCUGGUUUAUAAAAUGCCUCAGAGACUUGUGAAUUUUUAAGUUUGAAUUGGGAUGAAUAUUUGAUUUCCCAUAAGUUUCUAUUCCCUUCCUUUUGAAAUUCGCUAGAUGUUUUAGAUAUUUUAUUCUAUGUACAAAUAAAUGGAAACAAGUUAUCACUUCAAGCUUUCAGGCAGUUUGUCUUUAUGUUUACAAUCAUGCAUAUUCUUUAAAGUACUCCCUAGAGUCUUGUAACCCUUUUGGACUUGCAAUUUGUUUUUGCUUACAAAUUUCAUUAUUAAAAUGAAACCUACCAAUCUGGAUUCAUUAAAAGCAACUUAGCUUUCUAAAGUUUAUGAAAAUAAUUUUGGAAACGCUCAAAGCUGAAGAGUGAAAUCAACCCUGGACUUCCUGCCAGAGGUGCGGGCCGUGGUCAGCCUGAUUUCUCCUCGUGUCGCUCCUCCUUCCACGGCUUACAGACUGGUGAGUCUCUGGUCAGAAAUGCAGCCUGGGAGGACCCGCCUGGGGUGCAGAAGUGGCUGG